AUGGUACAACCCUCCCGUCCUGAGGACCAGCUGUCUGCAAAGAAAAAGGCCAGAAAAGUCAGGCCUGAUCCAGCUGUUGUCCUCCUUCCCCCAGACAUCUCUUUUGAAGGUGGUGAAGGCCCUGAAGACUGUCCAGUGCUUGCGCUAGAUUCCUCUGCCACAAUCUUUUGCUGUUAUGUCAUUUACACAAAGGCUAACAUAGAAAUAAAGAAGGUGGCAGAAGAGGAUGUACUAUUACCCUGUCACCAUCAUCUUGGGUCACAUGGCAAAGAUGGUCUUGAUAUUGAGUGGCUGCUUCAGACAUCUGAAUCAAACCCCAAAGUGGUGAUUACAUACUCUGCGGGUGAAGUAUACAACAAUCUAAAUGAAAACCAAAAAGAUAGAGUAGCCUUUGCCUCAGGCCUCUUGAUUGAGGAUGCAUCAAUAAGAAUUUCAAAUCUUCAACCCAAGGAUGCUGGACAGUAUUCAUGCAAAGUAAAAUAUGGAGGUGAAUAUAUGUGGAGCUACAUAACAUUAAUUGUUUUAGUCAAGCCAUCAAAACCAAAGUGCUGGACUGAAGGAGAGUUAACAGAAGGAAAUGAAGUUACACUGCAUUGUAAGUCAGCAGAAGGCACAGAUCCUAUUGAAUACAGAUGGAAUAAAAUCCCAGAUAAAGAUGGAAAGUUUAAUUAUCCUCCUACAUUCUCCAUAAUUGAUUUCUCUAGACCAGAUGUGAUACGAUUGAAGAAUGUGAGCCAUGAAAGCACGGGUCAGUACCAGUGCACAGCAUCCAAUGAUGCUGGGGAGGAAAACUGCCUUAUUCAUGUAACGUUGCAAUAUGCAAUGAAUGUUGGGGUGAUAACUGGUGCUGUAUUUGGCGUUAUCAUUGGGGUUGUUCUGAUACUAACUACUGUAUGGCUGGUGAUCCGAAGACAAGAAAAGAAGAAAUAUGAAGAGGAGGAAACCCCAAAUGAAAUAAGGGAAGAUGCAGAAGCUCCUCAGACUCGACUUGUCAAACCCAGCUCAUCGUCAACAGUAUCGAGCAGCUCACACUCUGGGUCAUCUUCCACACGAUCAACAGUAAACAGCAUGACACGAACCCAGCAACAAAGGGCAGGAUCACAGAUCCCAAAUGUCGUACCUUCCACUUAUGAUCCAGUGUUGCAUAAACACAAAGUAACUGAGAAGAGGGAAGUAACACCAUCAAACAAUAUAACUGGAGUUACACAAGUCCUUAUUCCUAGUCAGUCUACAUCUUUUCAAGCUGUGUGAUAUUAUUACCCUGAAAUUAAAAUAAACUCAGCAAAGUUAAGCCACAAAGAUAUUUCAGCAUGGGAGCUAGAAUUACUAAGCCUAAAAGAAUGCUCAUGGGAGGUUUUAAAUGUUAUCAUUUGAAACCCAAUAAAAUGAAAGUGCCCAAAUUGUCAAGAACUUUCGUUGCUAUGUUUACAAAGCAAAAGCUUUAGUUCAGAAAGUCACCAUGCUAUAAGCUCCAUGCUUAAAUGAUUCCAAACUGGAGGUUUAGUUAAGCUAAUAUGAUAGUUAAGUAAUUUCACGUGUGAACCAAGUAAAAACAGACAGUAUGAACUCUCAUCAGCAGCGAGUCAGAUGUGGCACAUUGCAUUUUUGCCAUGACUGCAAAGAGACUGUAUGGGGCUUAACUGAAAUUAGUUCGAUUGAGGAUUUGGUGUUAAUUGCUUGUUGAAUUUUACUGAUGUCUCUUAAUCACUGAAGCUGAAUUAUUUUAGAUGAGGCGCUGUAACUAGAAACAUACCUCUCAACCUCUCAGUGCAAGAAAUCUGGACAAAGCCAGAAAUAAUGGGGGACAAAGGACCAGAAAUAGGGACACAUUAUCUCCUAUAAACUUAGCAUAUUGUGAGAAUAACAGUUUUUGAAUUAUUAUGUAUCUUCCAAUGAAUACGAAUUCUGAAAUUCAAAUGUUUGUCAUUAUUUAGUAUUAUUUAGUGACUUUAAUCCUCAAAGAUUUGCCAGAAAAACACAGAUUUUAUAAGAAGUGACUAAAAAUAUGACUCAAAAUCUGGACAUUCUGCGAAAAUGUAUACAGUUGAGAGGUAUGACUAGAAAUCAAACAAUCAAUGCAAGAGGAAUUUUUUUUUCUUUUUGCACCCAUCCAUUCUGCAACCAUCUAGUAUUGUUUCUGGUGGGCCCAUUCAUUCUUCAGAAAAGACAAGUAAGUCUUCAGAGUUUAUUAACACCAAUAAAUGGUGCAGUAAAUGUCUGUUUUUAAACCAAUAAACUGGUUAUACAAUAAAACAUCAGUAGCAGACACAGAUAUCUGAAAGGCCACUACAGUGGUGGCUGAGCUAAGUAGUAUUUGCUGUCCAUAUAAAGUAAACUUAACAAUAUUCUUAAUAUAAAUGCAUACCAGUUUCAUUGAAGGUCUCAUCUUUAUCAGUUCAUCCUCACUCCUGAGAAAGAUCUGAGUGUUGGAGACAGCAACCCUACAUCCUGUGGAUAUUAGA